AUGCUUCGAAUUUUGACAGUACUUUUUGCAAUUUUCGCAAUGGCUCAAGCUCAAUGGGGUGAGUUUAUUUUUUAAUUCAUUUUUUUUGGAGUCCCAAAUUUCAAAAAAAAAAAUUACAGGAAUGGGGGGACCUGGUAUGAUGGGUGGUGGCUACGGAAUGGGCGGUGGCUAUGGAAUGGGUGGCCCAGGAAUGAUGGGAGGUUAUGGCGGAGGUCCGGGAAUGAUGAUGGGCGGUCCAGGAAUGUAUGGUGGUUACGGUAUGUAUCGCCCAGGACUUCUUGGUAUGCUUCUCGGUUGA